AAGACACUGCUGAUUUUGAGACAAAGCUAUGUUUGUGAAGCUUACUACGGCGUUGGUCCUUUUGUUGGUGACAACAAUGGUGCAAUAUCUCCAACGAAAGGAUUUCCAGGUGCUCUUCCCGCUCAGUACCUAGGCCUCUUCAAUAAUACCCGCAACGGUGACCCAACAAACCAUGUGUUCGCAGUGGAACUCGACACCAUUCAGAACGCUGAGUUCGGUGAUAUCAAUGAUAACCAUGUCGGGAUUGAUAUUAAUGGCUUGAAUUCAACAGAAUCUGCUUCCGCUGGAUAUUACGUUAAUGGGUUUCAGUUUCAUAAUUUGAGCCUUAUCAGUGGCCUGCCGAUGCAAGUGUGGGUGGACUACGAUGGAGGCAAGAAGCAAAUUGAUGUCACCCUAGCUCCAAUCAACAUUAACAAGCCCGUAACCCCACUAUUGAAGUUGUCUCGGGAUCUUUCUCAUAUUAUAGACAAUCCUAGUUAUGUAGGAUUCUCAGCUUCCACUGGGCCAAUAAGGAGUACUCAUUAUGUUCUUGGUUGGAGCUUCAAGCUCAAUGGGAAGGCUCAAAACCUUGACAGUUCGAAACUCCCAAAGCUACCACGACUUGAUGAAGGAAAAAAACAAUCUAUGAUUUUUACAAUUGUGUUACCUCUGUUUUCACUAUGUUUAUUUUUUUUGGCGAUUUUAUCGAUCAUUUAUUACAUAUAUAGGAAAAGGAAAUUUUGUGAGAUUGUUGAACAGUGGGAGGAAAACUAUGGUCCUCACAGGUUCAAAUAUAAAGAUCUUUAUACUGCCACAAAUGGAUUCAGAGAUACGGAGGUUCUGGGUUGUGGUGGAUUUGGAAAGGUGUACAAAGGGACAAUGCCAUCCACGAAAAUUGAGGUUGCUGUGAAGAAAGUAUCCCAUGGGUCCCAACAAGGCAUGAAGGAAUUCAUUGCAGAAAUUGUGAGCAUUGGUCGCCUUCGCCACCGAAACCUCGCAUCUCUUUUGGGAUAUUGGAGGCGAAAAGGUGAGCUUCUUUUAGUCUAUGAGUUCAUGCCAAAUGGAAGCUUAGAUAAAUACCUCUUUAACCAACCUAGUGUGACACUAAAUUGGAUCCAAAGAUUUCGAAUCAUCAAAGGUGUAGCUUUAGGAUUGUGUUAUCUGCACCAUGAAUGGGAGCAAGUAGUACUACAUAGAGACGUAAAAGCAAGCAAUGUUCUGCUAGAUUCUGAGUUCAAUGGAAAGUUAGGAGAUUUUGGUCUAGCAAGAUUGUAUGAUCAUGGAACUGAUCCUGCAACUACACAUCUCGUCGGGACCAAGGGAUAUCUGGCCCCAGAGACCAUAAGAACUAAUAGAGCCACCACAAUGUCUGAUGUUUUCGCUUUCGGUAUUUUUAUGCUGGAGGUUGUAAGUGGGAAAAGGCCUCUAGAACCGAUAGCUGAAGAUAUGGUUUUGAUGGAUUGGGUUUAUGCAUUAUGGAAAAGGGGUGAGAUUGUUGAGGUGAAGGAUACAAAUUUAGGAAUGGACUAUAACCCUGAGGAGGUAGAGCUAGUGUUGAAACUAGGACUUUUGUGCUCAAGUUAUAGGGUUAAGAAUAGGCCAAGCAUGCAUCAAGUUGUGCAGUACUUGAAUAGGGAUGUGCCUUUGCCUGAUUUCUCAUCGCUAAUCUCAUCUCCUUCUCUUUCUGCAUUUGGGAGUGAUAGAGAGUUUGAUGCCUACUUCUCUUCCACUUCAAUUCUGGAAUCGAGCCUUUCCGGACAUCGUUGAUUUCCCAAGAAGACAUGUAUCUGUCCAAUGGAUACAGUAUUGUCCUGAGUUUGGUUGCAUUGGGUUUGUCUGGUUGUGCUUUCAUCUCUGUGCUUGAUAUGUAUGUUUUCUAAUUGGUGAUUUAUAUGCCCUGUAAUUAAAUAUGUUAUGAAUUAACAGUUCUGACAGCAAAUUUAUCUUUUUUAGAUAUUGGUACAAAAUGGAAUUCAUCCC